AUGAGUAAAAACUAUCGAACUUCAGAGAUUCAAACUCUCUAUCAACAAUAUAAAGACAUUUUGAUUGAUGAUCAAAUGAAAGAGUCACAACUUUUCUUUCAAAUCGAAUCAGAAAUCGGAAAUGCACACACAGAAUUGCUUUCAAAGUGUUUCAAGUAUCGAAUAGAGUAUCAGGUAUUCAAUAACUUAAGAAACCAAAAAGGUCUUCAAAUACCAGAACAGUUUAAAUUCAUUACAAAUCAAAAGUUUUUAAAUUUACAAGGUAAAAGUGCAGAAAUUUCUAGAAAAAUCCUAAUAUUCUACGAGAAUCCUACAGAGUAUGUCGAUAAUAUUAUGAAUUUCCUUAAAGAAAAUCCACAAAAAGUAGAUAACUUCAUUAAUCAACUAUUUCCAUCUUUAUAUGCCUAUUUUACAGAUGAACGUGCAGUUGAAUACGCAUGCACCCUCGUCAACUCUAUUUUGGACGUUUGCGACUUCGAAAUCGGCUCGAAAUUCAUCAAAUCAUUAUUUGACAGCUCAUUCAUGUUCCACAAUGUUCUUUGGACUCAUUUCCGUUAUGAACUGAUCGUACAUUCCCAUAUGAUCAUGUCAAAAGACAAAACAAAAAUUUAUAAUUUAUUUUUCUCAGUUUUGAAGACAGUUUCAGCGAUUGCAUACUACCAAUUUACAUGUCUGAACCGAUUAGUAUCAAUUUCACCUCAUGAAGCCGUUGAAUUUUUCUUGAAAAAAAUUAUUUUUCCAUCUUUCGUCAACCACUACAGAUACCUAUCCUAUCUUGUAGAUACAGAUACAUUUCAGCAUUGUUUCGAUGUUCUUUUCGGCGAAAACUGCGCAGGAGAAGUAGAUUCGUUUGCAGAAAUUUUAGCACCGCAAAGAUACUCCCAGUCCACUCCAAAUAGACUAGAUAUCGGCAUGGCGCGUUGCUACAACAUUACAAUGAUCGCCAGAGACAUGUACGACUUUUUGAAAAUUAUUCAAUGCGAACAAACAACAUUAUCGUUUGUAGCGACCUCAGAAAAGGACAAGAACCUUGACAAAUCACUUGUGAACCUUUCUAUCCCGAAACAACCGAAUAUCCAAGAAAUUCGGGAUUUCGUCGGUUCCGAUGAAGAAGAAAGGAAAUUCGCGUUCCUACAGAAUGAAGCUGAGAAAGAGGAUGUUCCUGUGAUCAAUAAAAUCGCGAUUUACAUUGAAGAUAAUCAUUGCAGAGAUCAGAGCGAACAAUUUGUUGUUUUCGCUCUCAAAAAGCUGAUUAAUAUUUCAAUGAAGAGAAACAGACAGUUCAAACAGGUCAUUUCCAUGAAAAAAGUCUUAAAUCAGAUGAACGACUUUUUAAGUAUCAUUGAUGAAGAGACCGAUGGUCUGAACUAUUCAUUUGUUCAAUCCUCGUAUGGAGCAUACUACGGAGCCCUCACAGAAUGCGAUCCGAAAAGUUUUGUGUCAAAUGUGAAGUCACUUAUGUCAAAAUUCUCUGAUUUCCCAUGGAUAAAGAUGCCGAUCAUCAUUGUGAAGCUAAAUGCGGGAUUUAAGAAGGAUUUGCCCUCAAUUAAGAAUUUCAUGGAAACAAUUUACGAUGUACAGGCCAUUCCGAUUGUUCCUGGUGAUAACGAAGAAGUUCCUGAAGUCAUGGUCCCUCACAUUGACUAUUGCAAGAAACUUUUGGAAUUGGCGUUGAAUUCUCCAUUGGGAUACAGAAUUCUACUUCUUAAUGAACUUAUUACGAACAUAAUUGACGGAUGCAACAUGCUUAGAAUGGUAAAUAUCGAAGCAAAAGAAAAGAUUUUAUUUAAACAUUUUUUCACAAGUGAAAACCAAAGAAUAUUGAUUGAAACAAUCUUAACUGCAAAGCAGAUCUAUGAAGCACUCAAAGCAGCUAAUAUUUCAUUAGAAAAUACUAUUUUUAAGAAUAUCUCAGAUUAUACUGUCUCCUGGGCUAUUAAUUUCUUCGAUAUCAGAGAAGAUAUCGUCAUUGGAAUGCAAAAAGUCUGUAUUACACCACUUGGAUCAUAA